AUGGAUCCCGCCCUCUAUCCAGACCCGUAUCCUUCCUAUCGCCCGCCUCUUCCCGCCCUCUCCUCCGGCGCUUCCUCCGCCUCCACCCGCUCCUCCGCCUACACCUCCUCCGGCAGCGCCCAACCCUACCCAGACUACUCCAACGUCCAUGUCGCCUCCCCCGACGAAGACAUCUCCGCCAUCGCUUCACACGCUCUCCUCCAGAUGCUCGCCAGCGACCCCGCCCAGUCCUCUUCCGCCAGGGGUCCCGUCCUCAGGAGUCCAGAUCGCUCUCGCUGGUCAGAGGCAAAUUCUGCUGGUCUCCGCUCCCGCUCCUCUUCCUUGGGUAAUGGCCUCUCUUCUGCCCACCCAACCGACUUUUCGCCCCCCUCGCUCUCCCAGAAGCCCAGCUACGAUCUGACCUGGCAGACCGUCCACGAACGGGAUGAGGUUCUCAUGUCAGAGGAGGAGACCGACGACGAGCCUACCCUCGAUUCUAUCGACCCAGAUCCCGACGACAAGUACGAGGAGCGUACCUCCGCUGCAGUCGUCGCCGAGGAGGGUCGUGGUCUCAUUGUGCAGGGAGACAAUGUUCCCAUCGUCCAGUUGCAAAUUCCACCCGGCACUACCCAUCUUUUAAUUGGCUCCUCUUCAACUCCAAAUGCUGUCCCCUCCUUUCUUACUUCUGUGCUACCCCAGAUUGCUCACAGUCUGCUCGCUUUGGAUAUAUCCGCCAACUUUCUUGGAGCUCUGCCUCCUGUUCUCGCCGUGUGCGAAUGUCUCGAGGAGCUCAAUGUCGCCUCAAACCCUCUCAGGGUACUUCCUGUCUUUCUUGCAGACCUGCUUAAUCUUCGCGUCCUCAUCGCAGACUCUACCGGCAUUAGCACUUUGCCCGAUGCACUUGUUGACCUAGGCAAAUUGCAUACCAUCAGUAUCCGAAGAAAUAAACUUCACGCCCUUCCUAGUUGGCUGUGUCUCCUCCCAGCUCUCCAAACCUUGUGUCUAGAUGGAAAUCCAUUCCAAGGCCCUUGGAAGGCUCUCGUUGAUCCUCUCUUAGCAAAAGUUCCCACAACUCCCGUCUACCCUCCGUCGACUCCCAUGUUGUUACCCCUGUCGGCAAGUGCACAAAGCUCCAAUGCCGAUGCGGAAACAGAUGGUACUGAUGUUGAAGACGACUCAGAUCACGAAGGUAGCAGUCCGCGGCAAGCUGGUUAUGUCCGUUCUCCGGAGGAAGAAGAUCAUACCAUCACACCUGAGCGUGGACCGCUUCUAUCUCGUGCAACUACUUCGCCUCUUCCUGUUAGCCCCCCGCCUUCGAGCAAACCACUCACAAGAACACGGACAACCCCUAAUCGGUCCUAUUUUGAACAAACGCGCACUAAGCCAGGUACUGGUGUUCCCUCCGACUCAAAAGCGCGACUGCAACCACCUGCAAACAAGUAUGACGCUCAGCCAUCUCCGAGUGCUGAACAGCAUGAGAUCCGAAAGAUGAAAAGCGCUGGCGACCUCCGACGAGGUAGAUCAGCCACUACAGUCACGGAAGAACCAUCCAUGCCUGGACCACCCAUAACCAAAUACCAGACAUCGCUCUCGAGUUCUAAUCUAUUGCAGAUGGCCGAAGCCAACGCCAACGCCAGCACGAGCCCAAAUAGCAGCCUUGCAGACGAGUUCAACAGGAGGUUCGCAAGUCUGGGCCCUACCUCGCAGUAUGGCUCCCCAUCUCGUAUGCCACCCAAUGCCGCAAGGCCCAUGCUAAGUAAAUCAAUGUGGGAGAGCUCCCCAGGUCCGUACAACUCUCCAACGCCUCCUGAUAACUUGACUCGCGCAUCAUCAUACUCUCCUGCCGCUCCUCCUCGGGUUCAGCAUCAACCGCCAAUUAGUCAAGUUAGUCAGGAACUAAAACCGUCCAGCCAGCGCCAGAGGCCAUCUACUAGGGACAAAGGCACCAGAUGGGGCUUCCUCAAAAAGAUGUCAAUGGGAAAAAUGAAGCCUGACCCCCCUCCAUCAACGCUAUCUACAGCUGCUUCGCCUUCUUCUUCCCCUAAUCCUCCCCGGAUCAGCAGACCACAAACCUCAAAUGGGACAACGAAUCCUCACUUUGGAUCCAUUUCGCGAGGGAUCGACCGCCUGAGCAAAACCCCUCAGAUUGACGUCCGCCUUUCCACCACAGGUACCAUAGAUGCUCUUCCAAUGAUGUCCACACCGCAGCCUCUUCCUCCAGUCUCGCAUCCUCCUAGGCAAGACUCGCUUGCGGUCCCAUCCAGUAGUCUAUUGGUCCCUGGACAGCCGAGGACCACAAAACGACGAAGCUUUUUGCCGAUUGAUGCCCCAGGAGGAAUGGCGUCCCUUAGUAUUCCGGAAAAUUCUACCUUUGUUACUGGCGUAGUUCUGUCUCAAGAUGGGGAAGACCAGCAUGGUGGUGAUGAUGCUCGAGUAACAACACCGAGUCCUGUGCUUGAUCAUGAGCAGUAUAUCCGUCGGGAAGAGGAUCGCGCUCGCGAUGCCUAUAUGCGCGCAUUGAGGUCAGUCAUGGCUUACCUCAAAGACAUGAACGAUCUCGGCGCAUUCCAACAACAACAAAACAUGCUGAGCAUGUAUGGGUCAUCAGCGCAGGAUGAACACCUCGCCGCCCGCUCUAGAAGACCUACUGUUGUGGAGCGGGAGUCGUCGACAGCUUCAAGCAGCUCGACAACUAUGGUCGAUAGUACUGGGCAUCUCCGUUCGUCUGAUUCAAUCGCAGGUUUGCGAAGUGGUUCAUCCAGUCAGACGCUUAGUGUGGCUACAACUGAUAGCAGUGGUUCAUCGGAAGAACGCAAGUUCAAGGACGACAAAGGAAAGCGCGCCAUGGUCAUUCGGGAGAUUUUAGUGACUGAGCGGACGUACGUCAAAGGCUUGCAGGAGUUGGUUGACAUCUACAUCAAGCCGGCUGCAACGCCCGUCAAUCUUCUUAGUGGUGUCGGUUCAAGCAAGGAUACGGCUGUGCCCGCAUCGGAACGCAAAAUUGUCUUUGGGGGUAUCGAUGCCCUUUUCUCCUUCCACCAUGACAGUUUCUUGCCGGCGCUAGAAGGUGCCGCUGCUCCUCUAAUGAGACCUGCUGCAGAAAUGCAAGAAGCGGAUGCCGAUGGGCAACUGUCACUCAGCGUUGCAAAGGCAGUUGGAGAUAUCUUUGUCAAACAUGCUGCAUUUAUGAGGAUGUAUUCGAGCUAUAUCAACAACUUUGACAGCUCAGUGCAACGGGUCAAGUAUUGGACAUCUGAUAAGCAUUCGCCUGCACCACCAAGUUCUGGUACUACUCUGUCACCGUCGUCAAGUACAGCUCAGCUUGUCGGACUCGGGAUAUCAAUGGCUAUAACCAGUAACCCUAAUGCUAUUACAGACUCGGCAGCGGCGACUGGUAUCCCGAAUUUAACGACGAGUCAACGGAAGAGGAUAAAAACUUAUCUCAAGCGAUGCCGCUUGAAUCCUCGGCAUACUCAACUCAACUUGGAAGGAUACCUCUUGCUUCCUGUGCAACGAGUGCCCCGAUAUAAGCUACUUCUGGAAGAGCUUCUUCGGAGCACACCUCCCUCCCCUGAAUACAUGGGAGAUGAUCCGCUGGACCGGGCUUUGGCAGAGAUUGCCCUUUUGGCGAACAAUAUGAACGAGGGCAAACGCGAGUCGGAAUCUCGCCGAAAGCUUGUCCAAUGGCAAGCGAGAAUUCGUGGAAAGUUCCCCAGUCCGCUUGUGCAACCUCAUCGGCGUCUAAUAAUGGAUGGCACCUUGUUACUAACCCGCGUCGUGCGCAAGGCCGUGGUUUCGUUUGAGGCUAUUAAUGCCCAGGGCGAUGCUUCUACCGUGCAAGUCGACUGCCUCGCACCCGAAUUAACUCCCCGCCCACUCAUUGGCAUUCUAUGUAACGAUCUGCUUGUUUUGUGUCGUGAUCCAUCCGAGGGUCAAGAUCCCAAUUCCAACGUUGACUUGUGGGCUGUCUUGCGAAUGCAAACGACACCUCAACCAGCUAGCAUUGUACAUGGAACUUCCCUCCGAUUAGUUGAUAAUAAGGCUAUAUUGUAUUUCGAUGCUCCGACACCGUCUGCUGCUCUUAAUUGGUAUCGAGCUAUUAACUUACAUAUACCCGCUUCGAAGACUUGA